UAUUAUCAACUAUUAUUAAAGAUUGCGUAGCCGUCCGUGUAGAUAAUAACUACUAAGAAGUGCUAGAAUAGACAACAGCUUUAUUUAAUCGCCGAUUGUGAACCGCGGAUACGCAAUUUAUAGCGUAGAGGUUUUCAAAACUUUCAUCUUUUUCAACUAAUAUGGAUAUAAGGAAUUAUUUCGGUCGAAAACGUUCCCGUCUAGAAGAGACUUCCAACUUGCCUAGGAUUUCUUCAUCUACGAAUACUGUAGAUGCUCAAGUUGAUUCCCAGUCUGAAUCAAACUCAGUAAAGGUGUUAUCAACAUCAACAGUGUCAAUGAAUGAGCUAGAAGAUUUACCUAAAAAAGGAGAACCUAUCAAACAAACAGUUUUGACGCAGUAUCCUAAAACUAAAGAUCGUUCUUUUCAAGCAUCAUGGUUCCACGAAUAUAAGUGGUUGAUGUAUUCGGUGGAAAAAGACGCUGCCUUUUGUUAUGCGUGUAUGCAAUUCAAACCAUCAGGAAUGAAAGAUGUUGCAUAUACUUUGAGUGGCUUUAAAAACUGGAAAAAUGCUAAAGAUGCUAAAAGAGGUUUUCCAAGACAUGAAAAGACAGGAUCGCAUGUUGAAGCUAUGAUUAUGUGGGAAGAAAAAAAGAAUCGACAAACUUCAAACACAGAAAUUUCAACUCUUGUCAAUGACAANCAACAAACCUCAAACACAGAAAUUUCAACUCUUGUCAAUGACAAAACCCUGGAAAAACACAGAUAUUAUUUAAAAUCGAUUUUCGAAGUCGUUCAAUUCCUGGUGAGUAGGGUGAAAAAGGGGAUUUUGGUUCCCCCCCGCUUCACCCACCCACCACACCACAUGUGA